AUGGCCGUUCCAGCCCCCGCGUCACUCCGCGAUCUGUACACUACUCCUUCCAACGCCUGGUCCUUCGUGCCACCUCCUCUCACUCAAGACAAUUCGACCAAUCCCCCACUCUCUGGACCCUCUUCUUCUACUCAGCAAUGGUCUACGCGCACGUCGCCGAACCCGCUGUUUGGCCUCUCUCCCUCCCUUACCGACGACUCUGGCCUUGACAUCACGUCAUUAGCGAAGGAGCUCUGCCUCGCAGCACUCCUGCAGUACUCGACCGCUGCUAUUGCUCAGCCAUGGGAAGUCGGCAGGACGCUGCUUCAGGUGCAAUGGGUACCGCGAGAUCCAGCAGACAUUUCGCCUGAAGCUGGGGCGGAAAAUCUGGAGGACGAGGGCGAGCUCAGCGACUCGUCGUCAAACGAGAAUGACUCCUACUUUGCGGACCCGACCUCAGACAAGCCUGCACGACCACCACGUCCUGCGGACGAGUCGGGCUAUGUUAUUAGACAAUCCGUGCUUGACGAAGGGACCCAGCCUGAAUAUAUUAUCCCUGUUGGAAGUGCGGACGGUGCGUGGGGGAUGAUCAAACGCGUUGGGCGAUUUAGGGCGGAAGGAUGGCUAGCGUUAUUCAAAGGUCUGUUAACCUCCGCUGUGUCAACUGCGCUUUCAAGAACACUGCAACCCAUCAUCUACUCCGUCCUCGAGUCAAUAUUCUCCCCCAUUACACCCGCCUCUCCCUACUCCUAUGGCCCGACCUCCGUGCUUCUCCCUGUAGCCUCACAAGUCCUGACGGGCUUCAUCCUCUCUCCUCUGGACCUUGUCCGCACACGGCUCAUGGUCCAGUCCUCCGUCCCUCGGUACCGCACCUACUCCGGCCCGAUCGACGCCCUCCGCCAGAUCCUCGCGCAAGAAGGCGGUCUGCGCGGCGUGUACCUCCACCCGCACCUCUUCAUCCCCACCCUCUUCGACUGCACCCUCCGCGCGCUCGUCCCGCUCACGCUUCCGGGCACGAUCGCAAGCUACGUCGGCUUCGGCCCGAACAUCUCCCCCGAGGCGACCCCGCUGCAGUGGCAGUUCUCGGAGCUCCUCGGCGCCGUCGCAGGCGCGUUCAUCACCCUCCCCUUCGAGACCGUCCGGCGACGGCUGCAGGUGCAGAACCGGGGCGCCGCGCGUCCGCUGAAGGCGUGCGUCGAGCUUCGGCCCGCACCGUACAACGGCAUGGUCGACGCGUUCUGGCACAUCCUCACCGAGGAGCGCUCCGACCUCCCGCUCAAGCCGCCAACGCACAGGAGGCGCCGCCGGCGCAGCUCGCACAAGGGCAAGGAGCCCGCGCACCAGCACGUCGAGGUAGUGGAGGACGUCGACCACGAGAGCUGGCUGCGUCACAGCGGCAUUGGGCAGCUGUACCGUGGUCUCAGUUUGCGGGUCGGGGGAGCGUGCCUGGUGUUUGUGCUGGCUUUGAUGGGUGGUACGGACGAGGUGGAUGGAGGUUGGGCGGAGCUGUGA